AUGUUACUUAGUGUAGUUGUUGGUUCAACUUCCUUUGAAUAUAUUUACACAAUAAAUAAAAUUACUUAUUAUUCUUUUAAAGAGGCAUGUAUUGCUUUAAACCUAUUACAAGAAGAUGAAGAUGAUGAUAUACUCUUUCAAACUUGUUGUGAUACUGAAAAUAUGACUCUUGAACUUAGAAAUACUAAUAUACAAAAUAGAGCUCUUCUUCAUUUACAAUCUAUCUUAAGUAAAUAUAAAAGAUGUCUUGAGGAGUUUCUAUAUAUGCCUAUUCCAAUUGCUGAUACUAAUACUGAACAAAAUAAUCAUCUAAUUAGAGAAAAGCAACAAUAUAAUAUUAAAGAACUUGUAAAGAUUAUUAAAAAAGAACUUUUGUGUUUAAAUGUAGAUCAGUGA